AUGCAUCAUUUUUUAUUUAUUUUUAUUAACGUGUUACAAGAAGUAAGAGAUUCAAAGAGUCAAAAAUAACUCCUAAAUUUCCUCUGCAGGUUUUUGCGAAGCCAUACCCAGAAGCUUCUGUACCUUGUGUCCUUCAUCCAAUUGAAAGCAUUAACGUCUGUGGAGGAGACGACGAACGGUGGAUAUCGAUAUCAACUCGAAGCUUACCACCGGAAGCUAUUGCUUCGUUUGUAGGAGCUGAGAAGGGCUCUAGAAGUAAUCGAUUGCUAGUCGGAUCCGAAAAUUACGCCACUGCCGCCAUAGCUCGGCCCGACCAGUUACUUGAAAAGUCUUCAGUUAGUUUUUAUUUAUUUCAGAGAGAAACGAAAACGGGAAAUGCAAUUGACCAGACA